AUGAUUGAUUUCCCAGAUAAUGUAUGGGGAUUGAUUGACUGGGCUUCGGUCUGGAUUCUGUACCUCGUGCAUCACAGAAUGGACAUUGACAUUUUUGCCAUAGAGGUUGUUGAUCUGGACCAGCAAACCAAAAUGGUCAAAGGGCUUGAUGGUCAUGUUAUGCGCUGUGUUAAAGAUCAGAAUGGGAAUCAUGUUAUCCAGAAGCGUAUUGAAUGCGUUCCAGAGGAUGCCAUCCAGUUCAUUAUUUCCACAUUUUUUGACCAAGUUGUGACAUUGUCCGCCCAUCCAUAUGGAUGUCGGGUCAUACAGCUUUGUUUCUAUUUUUACUUUGACAGAGUCUUGGAACACUGCCAUAAUCCUGAAACACAGAUCAUUGUGAGGAAGGAGAUUUUGCAAUCUGUUUGCAUGCUGGCACAAGAUCAAUAUGGGAAUUAUGUUGUUCAGCAUGUAUUGGAACAUGGAAACCCAGAGGAGCGCACUUCUAUAAUUAACAAACUGAUGGGGCAGAUAGUUCAGAUGAGCCAGCAGAAAUUUGCCUCGAAUGUUGUGGAGAAGUGUUUAUCCUUUGGAACUCCUGAAGAACGCCAGACCUUGGUAAAUGAGAUACUGGGCUCUGAAGCUGAAACUGAUCCUCUUCAGGUUUGUUAAUUUUCAGAUCCUUCC